AUGGGAGUUUAUCCUUAUGUGAGUUGUCUCCGAUUCAACGACGGAGGGCAUUUUGACAGAGGUUGCGGUUACAGCUCGAACUCUCAGGGCCUGGAGAACGGAGGCCUGGCGGGUAUGUUCUGGUCAUAUGUCUGGACGUUUGUCGGAUUUGGCUUCAUCAUCGCUUCGCUGUCGGAAAUGGCGUCUAUGGCACCAACCUCGGGUGGGCAGUACCAUUGGGUCUCUGAGUUUGCAUCUCCUAGAUACCAAAAGUUCCUCAGCUAUAUUACGGGUUGGAUGUCUGUAUUAGCGUGGCAAGCCGGAUCCGCCUCGGGAUCCUUUCUCACCGGCACCAUUAUCCAGGGUCUAACCAGCGUUCGCAAUCCUGAGUAUGUGGCGGAGAACUGGCAGGGCACGCUGUUUGUCUUUGCGAUGAUCCUGGUGAUCUACGUGUUCAAUGUGUAUGCGGCCAAUGUGAUGCCCCUCCUGAAUAAUCUCCUCAUGAUACUGCAUAUUCUGUCCUGGGCGGUGGUGGUCAUUGUCCUCUGGGCCAUGGCUCCCCAUCAAUCGGCCAAGACUGUCUUUAUCACCGGAUGGACAAAUCUGGGAGGAUGGUCUAGCAUGGGAUUGAGCGUCAUGAUCGGACAAAUCUCCGCAAUCUAUGGCUCUCUGAGUUCCGACGCUACAGCUCACAUGUCUGAAGAGGUCAAAGACGCAGGCCGAAAUGUACCUAUGGCCAUUGCCUGGGGCUAUUUUAGCAACGGUAUCAUGGCAGUCGUACUGCUGAUUGCCUACCUCUUCGCCAUCCCAUCCGUGGAAGAUGCGCUGGAUGAUGCAACUGGCUUUCCCUUUAUCUACGUCUUCAAGAACGCUACCUCAACAGCGGGAGUAAACGGUCUGACGGCAAUCAUUUUACUACCCGUUAUCUUCAGCAAUAUCCUGUUCAACGCCUCAACGUCCCGCCAAACCUUUGCUUUCGCUCGCGAUAAGGGGCUCCCGUUCGCCUCCUGGAUCGCCAAGGUUGACCCAAAGCGCAAGAUCCCCGUGAACGCAAUCGCCCUGUCCUGCCUCAUCAGCUGUCUCCUCUCCCUCAUCAACAUUGGAUCAUUAACAGCAUUCAACGCAAUCAUUUCCCUCAACGUGGCAGCUCUGAUGUACACCUACAUCGUCUCCAUCAGCUGCGUGAUCUACCGCAAGAUCCGACAUCCCGAGACUCUCCCGCCCUGUCAGUGGAAUAUGGGACGAUGGGGGUUAGCCGUGAACAUCAUCGGGCUGCUCUACUGCUGUUUUGCGCUUUUCUGGUCCCUGUGGCCUAGUGAGACGUCCGUGACUCUGGACAACUUUAACUGGAGCGUGGUGAUUUUCGGAGGCGUCUUUACCAUCAGUCUCGUCAUGUACCUCGUCAAGGGGCGGAAGGAGUAUUCUGGGCCCGUGGUGAUUGUGAAGCCGCAGCAGUAG